GAACGGUGCUCACGAGCGCGGUGCUCGAUCAGUGGGAGCCGAGCAUUGACCGCGGCCGCCGCGUUUCCGCACGACCUGCUGCUUCUGAUGCGGACGCCGCGCCUCGCCCCUUCGCCCUGCAGGUUCCGGGACCUGCUCGCUUGAAAGGAACGCGAACAAUUUCGCCCUUUCGCAGGGUCGGAGCAGCGCGUGGAGAUGGAGCCGGAAAUGAGUCGGAUGGACUCGGUGGAGGAGCCGCCGUCGCAGGCGUCGCGAUUCAUCGCGAAAGUGGUGCCCGGAAUUCUGCAGCGCGCUUUCCCGGACGCGUCCCUCGAGCAUCUGUACCAGUCGUAUCGCGGCAAGCAGAAAAAACUGGACAUUCUCUCUUUCUACCUGGCCUUUUUGCUCUUCAACGUGUUCGUCACCAGCACCGCCGUCUACGGCGACGAGAGCACGUGGCACUUGGGCCUUCUGUGGACUUCCGUGUCCAUCACCCUGGUCGGAUUUCUGCUCGUCGCGACCAUCGCCGUCAUUUUCAUACUUGUGCAGAGAAAGAACGUGCAAAUCGAUUUUCUGGAGCAGGUGUGGAUGGCCCUUCCGUACUUGGGCUGGGUGCUGGCCACGGGACUUCUGCUGAUUUCAUUGCUGCUGGCACGGCAUACCCACGUCACUCCAAGGGAGUACCUUGGCUUUGCAAUGGUUAUCAAUUUUCUCAUCUACACAAGUUUGCCACUGCGAUUGAGGUAUUGCCUCCUGCUAAGCCUCACCAUGUGCAUCUGUUACCUCGCCACAGCAUCUAUCCUUGGCAGAAAGGACCACCAGCUUUCCCAACAGAUUUUUUCAAACAGCUUAUUACUGAUAGCGACAAGUUUCAUCGGACUGACAUCUUAUUUUCUGUCUGACAAACAGCAGCGAAGGGCUUUCCUUGAAACAAGGCAGUCACUUGAAGUAAAAUUGCUUAUAGAGGAGCAGUCUGCAGAACAGGAGCGACUCCUUCUUUCAGUACUGCCAGAGCACGUUGCAGUACAAAUGCGGCAGGACAUGGGCACUGCAAUCGACUCGCAAUUCAAAAAGAUCUACAUGUCUCGGCACGAAAACGUCAGCAUUUUGUAUGCGGAUAUCGUGGGAUUCACAGCGAUUUCCUCUACUUACUCCGCUUCAGAGCUUGUCAAGAUCCUCAAUGAACUAUUCGCACGCUUCGAUAAUCUUGCCGACAAAUAUCACCAGCUGAGAAUCAAAAUCCUUGGUGACUGCUAUUACUGCAUCAGUGGAGCGCCACAGGAAAGGCCAGACCAUGCAAUAUUGUGUGUUCAUAUGGGACUUUCAAUGGUUGAAGCAAUCAAAUAUGUCCAGAACACAACAAACUCCCCAGUGGAUAUGAGAGUUGGUAUCCACACGGGGGCCGUUCUUGCCGGAGUAUUAGGACAACGACAAUGGCAGUUCGACGUUUAUUCAAAAGACGUUGAAUUAGCUAACAAGAUGGAAAGCUCUGGAAAAGCAGGGCGCGUUCAUAUAUCUGAAAAAACGCUGUCUUAUUUGGAUGAUCACUUUGAAGUGGAACCAGCUCAUGGUGAGAAGCGCGAAGAGACUUUAAGAAUGGCUGGUCUCAAAACAUUUUUUAUUGUGAAGGCCCUAAAGCCAUUUGAAGAGGAGCAAGAUAUGAGAAAUGGAACUUCCAACGAAGAAACAAAUGUUGAAGAUAACCACGGCGCCAGUCUUGAACCAGUGGGCAUCAGAGUAAGUAAUUGUGAGAGGAUCCGAGAAAAUUCUCAAGACUUCAGAAGACGUCUUCGACAAGAUCUUCUGAACAGGGAGAGAGAUAGAGCUGUUGAAAAGCAAAUUACACCCUGCACUCUUCAAUUUUACGAUGAUGCCAAAGAAAAAGCCUACCGUGCACACAAAGCGUCCUUCCCAAGUGCAUCCACGAUGGCUUUUCCUGUUGCUGGAUUUGUGAUAGCAACAACUCACUUUUUGAUUUUGCCAUGGACUAUUGCUAGCACAAUCUACUCAUUAGUUAUGCUCAACGUACUUCUAAUCCUGUCAUUUAUUUAUAUGGUUGAAGCAUUUCCUUCGGAGCUUCCACCUGUCUUGGUAAAAUUAAGCUCAAAAUUCAGCUGUGACUACAGGCGCAGGUUUCUGUCAGCGUUUCUAAGCGCACUUCUGCUCUCUGGAGUUGUUUUAUUUAUGGAUCUCGUGUGCGAAAGCAUUGGAUCUGUUAAUUUUAAUGCAACCUCUGAUGCGCUUGCAAUCUCAUCUGAAGGCAACAUGACACAAUGGUCUCCGGACUGUCACUGCUAUUUUCCUUCCUACCUGGCUUACUUUGUUGUGCUCGUCAACUUUGCCAUCACUCUGAGCGCCUUUUUGCCAACCUGGGCAAAGAUUGCCGUGAUGCUCGUACUUUUCAUUAUUCAGAGUUUGCUUUAUGCACUGGGCGACCUUGGCAGACUACUCGAUGCGGAAAGGAAAAUUGCUUAUUAUCACGACAAUGACUUACAGCCCUUCAGUGACAAAAUCGGACUAUUAUACUUGAUGGGAAUAACACUGAUUGUGUUAUUUACAGUCAAUUUUUUCAGCGAAAAGACCAGCAGGGUUCUUUUUAUUUGGCGCCUCACGGUUGAGGAGCAGCGAGAAAAAGCUGCUGAUAUGAGGCUGCGCAACGAGAGCCUCGUGUACAACAUUCUGCCGCCUCACGUUGCUGCUCACUUUUUAAGGCCAGGCGCACCUCGGCGUCAUGACGAGCUCUAUAGCCAAAGCUACGCAGAAGUUGGGGUGCUUUUUGCCUCAAUGCCUAACUUCUCAGACUUCUACACAGAGGAGUCUGUUAACAACCAGGGCCUCGAAUGCUUAAGAUUUCUCAACGAAGUGAUUUCAGACUUUGACGCAAUUUUAGAAAGACCGCAGUUUAAAGAAAUGAUCAUUAAAAUCAAAACAAUCGGAUCUACAUACAUGGCUGCAAGUGGUUUGAACACAAAUCAGGAAAACCAAGCUGAGUCGGAAAAGAGCUCCUCGAUUUGGAACCACCUUGCUCUUUUGGUUGAUUUUGCUUUUGAGCUUAAAAAAGCCCUCACGUCCAUAAACGAGCAAAGCUUCAACCACUUUGUCCUUAAAAUGGGAAUCAAUCACGGACCUAUCACAGCAGGUGUGAUAGGAGCUAGAAAGCCUCACUACGACAUUUGGGGCAAUUCUGUGAAUGUGGCUUCGAGAAUGGAAAGCACAGGAAAAGCUGGUUGCAUUCAGGUCACAGAGGAGACAUGUGAAAUUCUCAAGCAAUUUGGAUACCAAUUUGAGCAACGUGGCCUGGUGUCUGUGAAGGGCAAAGGGCAGCUAAUGACCUACUACCUGACUGGCAAAGGGGAGCCACCGAGCAGUGGUGGCGGCCAGGAGCCUCCCGGUGAGGUUCUGAGCACAGACCAAAUUUCAAUCGACCCCUCGUCAGUCGGUGACUUGAGUGACGGCAGCAAUCUCAAGUGCGCUAUUUCUGCAAACAGUGCCACCCACUUACUACCCACUCCCAACGAGGAGUAAAAAGUCAACGCUGAGACUGAAAAUUGAGCGCAAGAAAGUAACACGUCUCGACUUAAUUCAUUGUUCAAAAACUGCAUUUUAUAAUUUAUGUUUUAUUUUGCUACAUUAUUUUUAGUAAAAACUGUUCAUUUCAAUAUACAUGCGAGAAAAGCCAAAUGUUCGUCCCUAUUGCUCUACAUUUUUGGACAUGAUAAUGAGAAAACUAACUUUAAGCACAAUACUUGACCCCACACUUGCACAAAAGUUUUCUUGCUUAGAUGCGAUUUUUAAUUUUUUAGUCAGUGAUAUGUCUUGUCACAAAUGUUUACAAUAAUCAAUGUGUAAACACUAAAUUUCAUCUAAUUUUAGUCAUGUGAUAUUUAUAUUAAUAAUUAAUGCAGUCACAAAAAUACAAUUUAAUGCUAAAUAGGAUAAUAAUAGCUGUCUUUGUUGAUAAUAUUGUGUUCAAUGUGUUAAUGGGUAGAAUCAGGCAUUCUACGUAUUAGCUGGUCAGAAAAGUAGCAUUUAAAAUGCCCUAGAUUCAUAUCAUGUUUAACCCUAGAGACCUGAACGUUUGUAAACUUACAAGUAAAAGUGGUAUUUUUUAAAUUAUCAGAACUGACACUGAACAAUCUGGGCCCAAAACUUAAUCAAAUUUGUAAUAAUAAAAAUUUGAUAAAAUUAUAGUGGCUGCUGCAUAAGAUUUAAAUUCAUAUUUACGGCUGGGGCCCAUUGAGGCUUAUGUACCGUCUUAAUUAAAAGGCACAAUGUUUUGCCAAAGAAAAUUCAAGAAAAUAUUAGCAGAUUUGUAAUUUAAAUCAAACGCAGAAAUGGAUGUAAAAGUUAAGCAAGAUCCACAAAUCUGAAAUCUGCAAUUUAAUCUUUUUAAUUAAUUUGAGCGAUUAAAUUAUUUGUGAGUUUUCAAACAGAUUGUUUUAGAGCAAAUAACCUUAUCUACCUUGUCUGAAUGGCGAUGUUCACAAAAGAUAAAUCGUGCCAGCGGUGAAUUGAAAAUCAAAAUAUUAGAGUUUUCUCACAAUACAUACGAAAUGUCAAUAAAAUAAUUUCAUUGCAAAAUAGGAUAACUUUAAAAUGUUAUUCGUUUUUCUUUUUUGCUCUAUGUCUUGCUUCUUCUGUCAAAAGUGCGAGAAACUUCUCUCUUCACUCUGCUGACAGUGCUGACCACGAUUGCAGAGCUAUUUUGAAUUUUAUUAUUUAAAAACUGAUCUCAGCCAACAGAAAGGCGUAAACCGCAUCAACUGUGGUUUUGUUUGUGUAUAUAAAAAGGUCUAAUAAAAGUAAUGCCAGUUUAAAUGUAUUUUGAGAAAGUAUAAUGAAUUUUUAGGGGAGAAUUCAUACGUCAUAACAGCAAAAGUGUUUCAUGUAAAAUUUACAGCCAGAUCCAAAUAGAGAGAAAACGUGUCGAUGUCCCUUAAUUAUAGUGAAAUUCCUAUUUCCAUGAAAAUAAAAGUUGCAAAAAAAAUUCCAAAUUUCAUUCGACGCGUUUCCUUCUCUUUGCCCUAUGCAAUCACCUCUUUUUCAUUAUAAUAGUGGCUUUAUAACCUGUGGAAGACUUUAGUUGUAAAUUCUAGCAGAAAAUAAUUGUUGAACUCUAAACAUUAAGUGGUAGUAAGUGUGAUGGCUUAAAAUAUACUGUACAAAAAAUAAAGAACUGUUAAAAUUUGCUAUU